ACAGUUUUUCUCUUAUAUUGUUAAGUAUGGACGAAACUGACAGUCCUCCAACUGUAGAUAUUCCAAAUAUUUCUGAACAUGUACGUAUUACUGGAAGCUGGGUAAAUAGUAACAGAAUCAGUAUAUACGCUAAUAGGAGAAUAAAUAAGAAAAACCUAGAGAAAUAUGAUCCAACAGUACAUAUUUUAAAGCCUGAAGUAAUUCUAUUUUCACCACAAUUACGUAAAUUAGUAAAUGAAAGUAAUGGUGUCUUUUUAUCCAUUCAAAAAAUAAAAUCUUCUUCUGGCGAUGUUAGACCUGAACUUUUAAAACAUAGCAAACAAUAUAGAUCUAUUUUGAGAGCAUGUAUAGAAAGUUUGCAAGAUAUAUGUGGAAAAUGUUUAUCUGAUAAAAAAGAGUCAAUAGAGAAUUUUCUGACCAUUUUUUACCAAAUAGAAUGUGUAUGGCACUUAAUUGAAAUUCUUUAUGUAGAUGUAGUACCAGGUGAUGUAGUUUUACCACCAUUAUUAGAAUGGGUUAGGUUUCACUUCCCAUCUAGAGAACUCAUAGCAGUUAAAAUAUUAGCUCAAAAGACAAUUGGUGCUGAUCUGGAGCAUCCAAAUUAUUGGGAAGCUGUAAUAGGUUGCGCGUUACAUGGCAAGUUAGAUUUAAUAAGAGCUUUAUUAGCAUUACAUAGCAAAGCAGAUCAUCCUGCUUUUGUAAUGGCAGAAAAUGUCCUUAAAACAAUGCCUGUGUAUAAUGUAUAUGGUGGUUAUUCUGUAAAUGAAUUUACUAUAUGUUGGAAACAUUGGCAAAUGGAUUUAUGUUCAAAUUUAAAUAGUAAAGCAUUUAUUGUUGAUACUAAUUUAGAAAUGCUUAUGAAGUUCAUUGCAGGAGAACAAGAUAUACUGUGGCAAUUUUCACAGUAUACAGAUGCUUGGUAUGAAUUACUAGCAGCAAAAUUAUUGUAUACCUCUCCAUGUUGUAAGCAACCUGAACUUUCUUCUCAUGCCAAUAACAUUUCCAAAAGAUGGCAAGCUAAUAGACCUUCUGAUAAUGCUAUACGUGCUUCGAUGGAAAGUAAUUUACAUCAUGUUAUUAAAGAAAUACAAUAUAUGGGUGAUAAUGGAUGGUUUGCAGCUCAUUUAGUAGAUUUAUUAUGCACGUGUGGAAAACUUAAAAUAUUGGAUAAAGAUCAGAUAGAAGUUAGUAGUCAGCUACAUGAAUCUCUUAUAUUAGAAUAUGGUAACACAUUAAUGGGACAUCAUUCUUUAUGGCAAUGUGGUGCAAGUUAUUUGAUACAUUGUCCUACUCAAGGUUUAGCUAGAUUAGAAAUAUUGUUACAGUCACUUCCAAUGGGGUCAGAAGCGCGAGUAAAUAAAAUUCUAAGUAUAGCACGAGAUAAUAAGAUGGAUCAUAUCGUUACUAGCAUUUGUAAAAUUCAAGGAUUAAAAUCUAUAAAACAAGGAAGACUAGGAAAUGCACUUGCAUGGGCAUUAAAAGCUCAAGAUAGUUGUUUUAUAACAUACAUUGCAGAUCAGUUUUUAAAACGUUAUGCAGAACACGGGAAAUUGGAAUGUCGUGAUCUACUAGAAAAUUUAGGAUUUUGUAUGAUGGCCAGUGAUAGGCUCACAUUUUUGGGAAAGUAUUGCGAAUUUCAUCAAAUGUACGGUAUCGGAGAAUUUAAAGAAGCAGCAAGUUUAUUAGUAUCCCUCUUAGUUUCAAAUUUAACACCGAAAUACUUUUGGUCGAUACUUUUAUCUGAUGCUAUUCCACUAUUAGAAGCAAAAGAUGUAAUUUUGUCUUCCAGUGAUUGUUUUGAAUUGUUGCGUUGUGUGGAAGCGCAUGGAGACGAUCCGAAAUUUCAAAACGAAAUCGAAAUCUUCCGGCUAGCUGUUGCUAGAAACCUGGCUCGAGCGUUGAGUCUUGAAGGCUGUCAAGUGGAACAUUAG